AUGGUCCUGGGUGCAGCUUGGGGGCGGGCGAAGAACGUGUGCCAGCAGAAUGGCCUCCUCAUCAUGUCUGUGCUGGCGGUGGUGGUCGGCUGCCUGCUGGGAUUUUUCCUGCGCUCUAAGCACCUCUCUGAACAGGAGGUAAAGUACUUCCAGUUCCCCGGAGAGCUCCUCAUGAGGAUGCUGAAGAUGCUCAUCCUGCCUCUGGUUGUCUCUAGUUUGAUGUCCGGCCUGGCAGCACUGGAUUCCAAGUGCUCCAGCCGCCUGGGAAUCAUGACCAUCUCCUACUACCUGUGGACCACCUUCAUGGCUGUGGUGGUGGGCAUCAUCUUGGUGAUCACCAUCCAUCCAGGUGGGGCGGCACAGAAGGAGGACUCCGAGGACAGCGGCAAGCCAAUCAUGAGCUCAGCCGAUGCACUGUUGGAUCUUAUACGCAACAUGUUUCCUGCUAACCUGGUCCAAGCUACUUUUCAACAGGUGAGGUACUAUGGAGGAGUGACAACAUGUAGGUGCUAUAAUCCCAUUAAUGGAGCUCCAUUCAUCUGUCUUACAGGUAUCAUGUUGGGAAGGAUGGGACCCAGUGGUACUGCCCUCGUCAACUUCUGCCAGAGUCUGAAUGAAGCAGUGCUGAAAAUUGUAGCCAUUGUUAUCUGGUAUUUCCCAUUUGGGAUCGUUUUCCUGGUGGCCGGGAAGAUCUUGGAAAUGGAUGAUUUAUCAUCGAUGGGGAAAAAACUGGGCUUCUAUGUCAUUACCGUGGUGAUGGGCCUCAUUCUUCAUGGCCUCUUCAUCCUGCCAACCAUGUACUUCUUCAUCACCAAGAAGAGUCCCGUCGUCUACAUCAGGGGCAUUCUGCAGGCCCUGCUCAUCUCACUGGCCACCUCGUCCAGCUCUGCAACGCUGCCCAUCACCUUUAAGUGCCUGUUGGAGAACAACCACAUCGACAGGCGCAUCAUCCGCUUUGUGUUGCCCGUGGGUGCCACCAUUAACAUGGAUGGCACAGCGCUGUACGAGGCCGUGGCGGCCAUCUUCAUUGCCCAGGUCAACAACUACGAUCUGGACUUCGGCCAGAUUGUCACCAUCAGCAUCACAGCCACAGCAGCCAGUAUCGGUGCGGCAGGCAUUCCUCAGGCAGGCCUGGUAACCAUGGUGAUUGUAUUGACCUCGGUAGGGCUACCCACUGAUGACAUUACGCUCAUAAUCGCAGUGGACUGGGCCUUGGACAGGUUCAGGACAAUGGUGAACGUUAUGGGUGAUGCCCUGGCCACUGGCAUCAUGGCACACAUAUGCAGGAACGACUUUGUGAAAGAGGGAGAAGAGAUUCCCCUCAUCUGUGAGACCAAGCCCAUGAUCAGCAUACAGCACACGAGGUCCUUCCAGGACAACGGCUACCCUGAGCCUCCUGCACCAGGUUCCAGGAAGCCAGAUCGUCUCUUCCCAGACAUGGCCCGUGUCAAACAGCUGGAGGAGGGAAUCUCCCACCCACCACUGCGCCACCACAAGAGGGCGCGCACAGAUCAUGAUCACUGUGUCAUUGACAUGACUGGCCUUGAGACCAAUGUCUAGACGCCGACAGACCUGAGUGCACUGAGAAGACUCUGCUUGGCAUGCAGCCUGCCCGUUUGCAACGCAAAUGCAGGUCGGCCAGAGUUUAGCUGUCUAUUGUUCGUUUGUCAGUGUUGGGAAUUCUUCUGCAGUGCAUGUGUUACCAUUGGCUCUGGUACUGUAUGGGUAUGGCUGUGCAUAUACGUAUGUAAAAGCAUAAGUGCGAGCAUCACAGAUUCGAAGAGAACUUGAUGGACGACUGUUGAAUGAACAGAGUAUAGUGGAACUCUGGUAUCUUCAGCUAUCAGUUUGAUUAUCACAGGUUCCUACAGCUGACCUCUCAGGAGCAUUAUGGUGAUUUUGGGAUCUAUGAGAGCAAAGGAAAGAGCCCGAGAUCCCACCUGCAACCCUCAUUUGUGAGCCCACUCAUACAUGACUUGCCUCCUGUGGGUGAAAGUGUACAUACUCCAGUAUUUGUUUUUGGUUUAACUUCAAUAUGUUGAAUGGGACAUUUCAUACGUGAUUUUUUUUGUUUGCUUGUUUGUUUUUGCAUUUUUAUAAACCUUUCCUUUGUUAGCUCCUCUGAUUUGCAAAUUUGCACAAGAACAGCUUGUCCUCUUAACAGGACAGUAUAACCGGAUAAUUGCUUUUUGAUGUGAUAAAGCCCUUUUCAGCCCUAUCUGUGAAAAGCUCCAGGCCAGUGGCAUAACCUUAAAACCAUAUGAAUGAAAGGGCACAGUGACACACAAUAAUGCAUCAAUUCACAAGGGAACAGUGUGUGCUUGUACCAUUGCCACAUACUCAGGCAAAGCUGUUCUUCUGUAAUAAGUAUCUUCUGUAAUUGAGUUCUAGGGAGCAAACAUACUGAUAAAUAUACAAGUUGCACCGGAUAACAGUUCUUGACAAAUGCUGUAAAUGGAGAAUAUUCUCAUUUAAAUGUAUUAUUUAAAUGUAUCGCAAAAUUGAAAUAAUAAAAAUACAUUUUUUUUGGGAGCAAGUUAUUGAGCCACUUCAGCAAAAUAUUUGACCUCUUGUCCUAUCUGGAAAAGGUUCAGAUAAGUCCUACAAAUGUAAUCCUGAAGGAACACUUCUCAUGAUCCACCUUCAGACUAGCAUGUACAAAUGCGCUAUGUUUCAGUAUCUUUAAUUAACUCUGACCUCAGGUCACAUUUCGUGUAACUAUAACAGA